UCCACUCAACUGAAAAAUUGAGGACUAUCAGUGUAAUUUACUAUUAAUUCCCUCCUCCGGCUCCGGCGAAGCAGCCGAGAACCAAAUGGAGGACGAGAAUCAAAGGCAGUUUCAACCAACUAAACCAAUCCGUUGCAUAGUAAAACUAGGAGGUGCUGCAAUUACUUGGAAAAAUGACUUCGAGAGGAUAAGUGAAAACCUUGAGAUUGUGUCUCGACAACUGAGGCAAGCAAUGAUGGUUUCAACGACUUCUAGCGGAAAGGUUCUUGGAAUGGAUUGGAGCAAGCGACCUGGAUUCGAAGAAACUUCUUGUGUUGUUGAUGAUUUCAGUUUUCAGCCAGAUUUGCACUCUAGCCAUUUCAUAGUGGUCCACGGAGCAGGAUCUUUCGGGCACUUUCAGGCUAGCAAGUCUGGAGUUCAUAAAGGAGGACUGAACCAACCUCUUGUCAAAGCUGGUUUUGUUGCUACACGUAUUUCUGUUACGUCCCUCAAUCUGGAAAUUGUUAGAGCGCUAGCUAGAGAAGGUGUUCCAUCGAUCGGAAUGUCUCCAUUUGCAUGUGGAUGGUUGACAUGUGAAAAAAAUAUUGCCUCAGCUGAUGUAUCCAUGGUGGCUAAGGCCAUUGAUUCUGGUUUUGUACCUGUUCUGCAUGGAGAUGCAGUCCUAGAUACUUCCCAGGGUUGCACUAUAUUGAGUGGAGAUGUAAUCAUACGUCAUCUUGCAGAGCUAUUAAAGCCAGAAUUCGUCGUCUUUCUUACGGAUGUUUUGGGGGUAUAUGACCGUCCACCAACGGAACCAAAUGCAGUACUUCUUAGGGAGAUUGAAGUGCGUGAGGACGGGAAAUGGUCUGUAGUGAAACCAACAUUCGAAAACUUGAACAAGCGAGUUGAGUUCACUGUAGCAGCCCAUGAUACUACGGGAGGGAUGGUGACCAAAAUAUCAGAAGCUGCAAUGAUUGCAAAACUAGGAAUCGAUGUAUACAUUGUCCAGGUAGCCACAAGUCACUCGUUAAGGGCCCUGAGCGGGGAACUGAAAGACAACAUUCCAGAAGACUGGCUAGGAACUGUUAUUCGGUUUCAGAGAUAGAAGAAAUGGCUGCUAGAACCUUCUCAUGGAAUCCAAUCUUUGAUAAGGAUUGUGAAGGCAAAGAGAUACUUUAACUGUUUUUUAGGCUCAACUGGGAGUACUUUGGUCAGGAUUAUUUGAAUUACAGGGACUGACGUACAUUACUAUUUGCCAGGGUUUGUGUUCCUUUCUAAGUUCGUAUUACACAAGAAUGGCAUGUUAGUGUUAACAUUUCUCAAGUCGUCAAGAUUUAAGUUGCGGAUCACUAUCAUAAUGCAAAAUUUUGGGUCUGUCUUGUUUUA